UGAGCACAGUAUACAAUAUUUAUCAAUUCGACAUUGACUGCUUCCCUUUCUCCUUUCUCCUCAUAAUAUGCUAGUGCUCGUGAAUUUCUAGCGUUGUGAAUCAGUUCGUGAGUGUGAAACAUCAUAGAAUGAUCAACUACGAUAAUACAAGAUGAUUCUCUUUUUCGGAGGCGUAUUGGUAGCGUGUGUAGUGUUUGUAGCCUGCAUCACUCCACCGUAUUGCAGGAGUAUACAACGACAGCACAGUGAACGUUCGACAAAUGAAAACGAGUCGAGUGAAGAUGAAUCAACUUUGGUUCAGAUUCAAGUAACAGAUUUAGGAGCAAAUGCAGUACACAGCAAAAAGACCACCGGAGAAUCGAAUAGGGAACACAGCGCAGUCGAUUCGAACAAAAAUAAAGAGCAAAAUGAAAUUGCGAGUAAUUCAGUUUAUUCUGGAGAAGCGCGAAUUGUACCAGUUAAAGUUUAUACUUAUAAACAGCAUAGAGUAUCUGGAGGAAUCUGGUCGUCCGUUUUGAAGGAUCAGCUCCAGAAUAUUACGAAUUCAUCCUCAGAAGUGCAUGGAAGCAGAAGAAUCGUUCGGGCUCAGAUCGAAAGGAAUCCUACAAGUUCUAGUUCGAUCGAACCCAUCGAUGCUGUUGUUAAUAAUCACAAUUGUUCAGGACGCGUUCCGAUACCGAGCCAUGUAACGGAUCAAGAAGCCAGGAAGCUGCCAUCAUCAUCCGCCAUCAUCAAGAGACUGAAAAAAAUACUUCGUCGAAGAUCCCAGAAAGCAUUAAGUAAGCAUGUAAAAUCUGAUGGUAAUCAGAGUGUUCCUACUCAGACGUUAAAUCAAUGCUCGCCCCUGAAACGAAAAAGUGUGUCGACCUCCACGAGGUUAAGCGUGAACGGAUCGAACGUAAAAACGCGUAACGGCGAAGUUAUCAUCAGGCAUGAUAGCGAUAAUGACGAAACUGUGAGACAUUUGCGGCCUGAUUCACAUCAAUCAAAUACAGGACCGUUUCAGGAAAUGGUAUCCUUGAUCAAACGUGAAUCAACGAACGGGAAUUCGGUCUGCGAUUUAAGGAUAAGAGGCUUGGUGGUGAACCAGUCUCAAUUAUUGGAAUUAUUUAAUGCGGCCGAGGGAGUCAGCCGAAAUGCGUCGAUCGUCACAACCGAGGAGGCGUCGGUACUCACUAUAAAGUUCAACCGUCGUAGGGAAAGCAGCGAAGGGUCUUUCACGAGAAACACUUCUUUCUACGAGUGUCCAUUAGUGAAAUUUUACAGAAAUUUACCCCAGAUAUUUGAGGAUUUAUCGAUCUCCAAAUUGUUUCAUUCGCAAGAUGUGUCUAACAAUCCUCAACACGACAGUUGUAAUAAUCACUUGAGGAACGAUAGUUCCUACAAAUCAUUCCCUAAGAUCACCAACAGAUUCGAAAAACAUGUUCGAUAGGAAAAAAAUGGUUUAUUCAACCGCAGUCGCGUCGAAAUUCGAUGAAGGAUGACGAAUAUAAGACAUCCGUCACAUAUAUGUUUUUAUCAUUAAGCAGAACUCAUUGUCAGAAACAUUUUAUUCGACGAAGCAAUUGUUUUUUUCGUUUUAUUCUCCGAACCAGAACAGGAAUCCCAACUAAGAUUCCUGGUUCUCUUUGCACAUUUUCAGAUCAUAUAUGUUAUGAAUUAUUAUUAACAAAGCGUAAGAAUUCUUAUGAAAAUUCUUGUCAUAUUCUCGCCUCGCGGAUGCUAUUAAUUAACAACGAGAAUGUAAAAGAAUAACAUUAAUACUAAUCAUGUCAAUUAAAUAUAAUGCAUAUGCUACGUACUUAUAAAUUAAUAUUAUGUUAAAAAUAUUUUUAUAUGAUCUUAACAGAUAUAAAGUUAUUAGUUUUACAUAUCCAUUGACUUUGCAAGUUAGACAGCGAUAGCGUAGUUAGAUAGCGAUGACAUCCAUGAUUUAAAAUUGUUAGAAUACUACGAAUUAUUAAUAAACGAUUAACACGUCAAGCAUUCGAUCAUUUUCAUUCACUCGUUUUUGCACCUUCCACGUGUAUGCGACAAUUAUUUCGAAGAUUCCAACAAACGCAACCAGUGUUGUUUGAUCGUAAUUAAAAGUCAACAGGAUAAAAAUUACAAUAGAAAUCUCCCUUUUUGCUUCGAUCCUAACACGUCGCAUUGAACGUUAUGUAAACUUCAAUCAAUCGCAUUACAAUGUACGCUCGCGGCUCGAAAAAAUGCCGAUUGUGUAAUGAUAGCACGCGUGCACCGUCUUUUCGCAUUGUCUUCUCGUUGAACUAUCCUGACAAGAUACACAAUUAAUUAAUCGAGACGAGAACACGUUACAGGUAUUCUCAUUGUUAAGUAACUGGUAACGGUUCUCCUUCCUCGACUACGUUUCUCUCUUUUCAACUUACGUGUCGUCAGAAUAUUCUAUGCGAGAAGAGACGGGAAAUUGAAUACUUUUAUCAAUUUAAUUAAUUAUGUUGAUCGGCCAAGAGAUAACUCGCGUUUCUAUCCACACUGACACGAUCAGAUAAUGAGACGCUAACAAUCUGAAAACGAAUUCCUCUUCGCAUACUAGCUCUAAAUGGUGAUCGAUGCUUUUUAAUUAUGCCGUUUGAUAGGAAUCAAACCAAAGUGGAACAAACUGUGCG